AUUGGAAAGCCACGGGCAGAUCCUAGAACAGUUGUUUCUCUGAUUCUGGGAGGAGGAGCCGGCACUCGGUUGUUUCCCCUCACAAAUAGACGAGCAAAGCCUGCUGUACCAAUUGGAGGCGCUUACAGACUUAUUGACGUGCCAAUGAGCAAUUGCAUCAACAGCGGAAUAAACAAAAUCUUCAUCCUCACUCAGUUUAACUCGGCUUCUUUGAAUCGGCACCUUGCUCGGACGUACAAUUUUGGUAAUGGUGUGAAUUUUGGAGAUGGUUUUGUUGAGGUUUUAGCUGCAACUCAGACUCCCGGGGAAGCAGGAAUGAACUGGUUCCAAGGGACUGCCGACGCUGUUCGACAGUUCACGUGGGUUUUUGAGGAUACUAGGAGUAAAGAGAUUGAGAAUGUUCUUGUUUUAUCCGGAGACCAUCUGUAUCGAAUGGACUACAUGGAAUUCAUUCAGAAACACCAAGAUACUGGAGCAGACAUAACCAUUGGUUGCGUGCCAAUGGACGACAGCCGGGCGUCUGAUUUCGGGCUGAUGAAAAUUGAUGCCAAUGGGCAGAUACUUUAUUUCAGCGAAAAGCCGAAAGGAGCUGAUCUGAAAGCGAUGCAAGUGGACACUACUGUAUUGGGCUUGACGCCUGAAGAGGCCAUCGAAAAGCCGUACAUUGCAUCCAUGGGAAUUUACGUGUUUAAAAAAGAUAUUCUUUUGAAGCUUCUAAGAUGGCGCUACCCUACAGCAAAUGAUUUUGGAUCAGAAAUUUUGCCUGCUUCAGCAAAAGAGUACAACGUGCAGGCUUAUUUGUUUAAUGAUUACUGGGAGGACAUCGGGACGAUUAAGUCGUUCUAUGAAGCAAAUCUUGCUCUUACUUGCCAGCCACCAAAAUUCAGGUUUUAUGAUGCAGCGAAACCGAUAUACACCUCUCCCAGAUAUUUACCACCAACUAAGAUUGAAAAAUGCCGGGUUUUGGACUCCAUAGUUUCGCAUGGAUGCUUUCUUCAAGAAUGCAGUGUCACGCAUUCUGUGAUUGGUAUUCGUUCUCGAGUCGAAGCUGGUGCUGAGAUUCAAGAUACGAUGAUGCUUGGUGCCGACUUCUACGAGACGGAGGCUGAGAUAGCAAGUAUGGUUGCAGAGGGGAAGGUGCCAGUCGGAGUUGGUCAGAAUGCCAAAAUAAGAAACUGUAUUCUCGACAAAAAUGUUCGAAUAGGAAAGAACGUCGUCAUCGCCAACAAAGACAAUGUACAAGAAGCAGAGAAGCCAUCCGAGGGAUACUACAUUCGCUCCGGGAUUACUGUGAUAUUGAAAAACGCAACGAUUGCAGAUGGAACUGUAAUCUAGAUAUAGCUAGAAAGCAAGAAAGGUACGCGGUAAGUGUAGAUAUUCUCUCUCUGAGACAACUAGCUUCGCCGUGCAAAAAUAUAUCUCUUGAGGAUUUUGUUG